ACUGGAAGCCCGCUCCGCGCUGCUUCAACCAAGUGUCUCAAUACUGUGAGCGGGAUCUCUUCCAGAGGCGAGCCGCUGAAACUCGCUCAGUCUUCUCAGUGUCAUUCAGAGGAAGCCCCGGAGAGGAUCGUCGGCUGCAAAGCGGAGAGCGCUGCUUGUCUUCUCCCCAUCACCAGAGAGACCCUCUCUCCCCCUUUCCUUCUCCCCUUCUCUCUCUCCCUCGCACUCUCUCUCUCUCUCUCUUACUCUCUCUCUCUCUCUCUCAGUCAGUCUUGUGGUCCCUGGGCUUCGCUUCUCUGUUUGUUGUUGCUGCCGCUCCGGAGUCCAGGCGCGCAGACGAGGCGAGAAUAAAUGAAUGAACUGCUCCGAGGUGAAGUGUUGGCAUGAGUCAGGACUGAGCGCAGAGCAACACCUUGCCAUGGAAGUGUGUGUCCGGUGCAAGGGGACGUACGGGCUGAGAGGGGGACCUGCCGCCUGAUAAGCAGCCUCUGUCCCAGAUAAGGGGAGCAUGCCUCAGACCUGCAGAGUCUCUCUCUUCGCUGCAGAGGAGUUCACAUCAGACUGUCUUGCCACAAUCUGACAAUUUCCAAAUCACGUUCCCUCCCUGCCGAUGACUACAUUUCAGCCUGUUUGGCUUGACUGAUUUUAAAGAAAGGUGAGAAGAUCAAUGAUGAGCAUCUCUGAGACCUGUUGGCUUGGACUUUUUUAACCACGUUUGUCAGAACCUCAACCUGCCACAGACAGUCCAAACCAGGCACAAUGGCAUGCUCCCUGUGGAAACUACACACCUUCUGCUGGUUUAUCAUCGCACUAGCCCAGGUCCACUCCACAGAUGGGUUCAGUCGAGCUGCCCUGCCGUUUGGCUUAGUGCGGAGGGAGCUGUCUUGUGAGGGUUACCCCAUUGACUUGCGGUGUCCAGGAAGUGAUGUCAUAAUGAUCGAGAGCGCCAACUACGGCCGGACAGAUGACAAGAUCUGCGACGCCGACCCUUUCCAGAUGGAGAACAUCAACUGCUACCUCCCAGAUGCCUACAAGAUCAUGUCGCAAAGGUGCAACAAUAGGACCCAGUGCAUCGUGAUUACGGGUUCGGACGUCUUCCCCGAUCCCUGCCCAGGGACCUACAAGUACCUGGAGGUCCAGUAUGAGUGUGUGCCCUACAGUCCAUGCCCACCCAGAAUAGGACCAAGAACACAGAAUGUAUCCUAUCGCAACUGCCCUGAAGUGGAGCAAAAAGUUUUUGUUUGUCCUGGGACUCUGAAAGCUGUCGGAGAUCCUUCCUUUCUCUUUGAAGCGGAGCAACAAGCUGGUGCCUGGUGCAAAGACCCGCUGCAAGCUGGUGACAAAAUCUACUUCAUGCCCUGGACUCCUUACAGGACAGACACUCUCAUUGAAUAUUCUUCCCUGGAUGACUUCCAGAACGCCCGGCAGACCAUCACGUACAAGCUGCCCCACCGGGUGGACGGGACUGGAUUUGUGGUCUACGACGGGGCGGUGUUUUUCAACAAGGAGCGUACGCGCAAUAUCGUGAAGUUUGACCUCCGGACUCGAAUCAAAAGCGGCGAGGCCAUCAUCAACAAUGCCAACUACCACGACACAUCACCCUACAAGUGGGGCGGCAAAACUGACAUUGACCUGGCGGUGGAUGAGAACGGACUGUGGGUGAUCUACGCCACAGAGCAGAACAAUGGCAUGAUGGUCAUCAGCCAGUUGAACCCUUACACGCUGCGCUUUGAGGCCACCUGGGAGACGGCCUACGACAAGCGCUCAGCCUCCAAUGCCUUCAUGGUUUGUGGAGUACUCUACGUUGUCCGCUCCACCUAUGAAGACAACGAGAGCGAGGUCAGCAAGAGCCUGAUUGAUUACAUUUACAAUACCAAACAGCACCGUGGGGAAUUUGUGGAUAUCCACUUUCCCAACCAGUACCAGUACAUUGCAGCUGUGGAUUACAAUCCGCGAGAUAACCAGCUCUAUGUAUGGAAUAAUUUUUACAUCCUGCGAUACAAUCUGGAGUUUGGCCCGCCCGAUCCGUCUCAUGAUCCGCCGUUGAUAGGCACCACCACAACUUCCCAGUCUCCGAGUACUACGACUACCACCACAACAACCACACGGCACUGGAGUGUGCCCAACACUACAACCACAACAGCUGGUACCAGGGGAGUUGUCGGGCCGACUCCUGUGGUUCCACAAACGACCGCCCCGCCCGUUACCUUCCCGUUGCCCGAGCGCUUCUGCGAGGCCACGGAGAAAAGAGACAUCGUGUGGCCUCAGACCCAGCGGGGCAUGCUCGUGGAGCGACCUUGCCCCAAGGGAACACGAGGCACAGCCUCUUAUUUAUGUGUCCUUUCCACCGGGGCCUGGCACCCGAAGGGCCCUGAUCUCAGCAACUGCACCUCCCACUGGGUCAACCAAGUCGCCCAGAAGAUCCGCAGCGGUGAGAACGCUGCCAACCUGGCCAACGAGUUAGCCAAGCACACCAAGGGCCCCAUCUUCGCCGGGGAUGUCAGCUCCUCCGUGCGUCUGAUGGAGCAGCUGGUUGACAUUCUGGACGCUCAGCUGCAGGAGCUCAGACCCAGCGAGAAGGAUUCGGCAGGACGCAGUUUCAACAAGCUUCAAAAACGAGAAAGGACAUGCAGGGCAUACAUGAAGGCCAUUGUAGACACAGUGGAUAACCUGCUCCGGCCAGAGGCAUUGAAGUCCUGGCAAGACAUGAACAGCACGGAGCAAACCCACGCAGCCACCAUGUUACUGGAUACUCUGGAGGAAGGGGCUUUUGUCCUCGCCGACAAUCUGAUGGAGCCCGCCAUUGUCAAAGUUCCCUCAGACAAUAUAAUUCUGGAUGUGUACGUCCUCAGCACGGAUGGCCAGGUGCAGGAUUUCAAGUUUCCACAAGCCAGCAAGGGCGGCAUCUCGAUCCAGCUGUCAGCCAACACGGUUAAACUCAACAGCCGGAAUGGAGUUGCCAAGCUGGUUUUUGUGCUCUACAGAAAUCUGGGCCAGUUUCUCAGCACCGAAAACGCCACCAUCAAGAUGGCCAACGAGGCUUACGGGCGCAACGUGUCGGUGGCCGUCAAUUCUGACAUCAUCGCCGCUUCAAUCAACAAAGAAUCCAGCCGCGUGUUCAUUAAUGACCCAGUGGUUUUUACCCUCGAGCACAUUGACAUGGAGCACUACUUCAACUCCAAUUGCUCCUUCUGGAAUUACUCUGAGAGGAGUAUGAUGGGCUACUGGUCCACCCAAGGCUGCAAGCUCCUGGACUCCAAUAAAACGCACACGACCUGCUCCUGCAGCCACCUCACCAACUUCGCCAUCCUCAUGGCACACCGGGAAAUCUCAGGUAAAGACGGCGUGCACGAGCUGCUGCUGACGGUCAUCACUCGCGUCGGGAUCGUGGUGUCCCUCGUCUGCCUCGCCAUCAGCAUCUUCACCUUCUGCUUCUUCCGGGGCCUGCAGAGCGACCGCAACACCAUCCACAAGAACCUGUGCAUCAAUCUCUUCAUUGCCGAGUUAAUAUUCCUAAUUGGUAUCGAUAUGACGGAACCCAGGAUUGGGUGUGCCAUCAUCGCGGGCAUCCUCCAUUUCUUUUUCCUGGCUUCCUUCUCUUGGAUGUGUCUCGAGGGCGUGCAGCUGUACCUCAUGCUCGUCGAGGUCUUUGAGAGCGAAUACUCACGGAAAAAGUACUACUACGUGUCCGGAUACCUCCUCCCUGCCAUCGUGGUCGGUGUCUCCGCAGCAAUUGACUACCGGAGCUACGGGACCAAGAAAGCGUGCUGGCUAAGUGUGGACAAUCACUUCAUAUGGAGUUUUAUAGGACCUGUCACGUUUAUCAUCAUGCUGAAUCUCAUCUUCCUGGUCAUCACCAUGUACAAAAUGGUGAAGCACUCCACCACCCUGAAACCAGACUCCAGCCGACUGGAGAAUAUAAAUAAUUAUCGCGUUUGUGACGGCUACUAUAAUACAGAUUUGCCUGGCUAUGAAGAUAAUAAACCGUUUAUCAAGUCCUGGGUCAUGGGUGCCUUCGCUCUGCUGUGUCUGCUGGGUCUGACGUGGUCCUUCGGUCUCUUCUUCAUCAGCGAGUCCUCGGUGGUUAUGGCAUACCUCUUCACCAUAUUCAACACCUUCCAAGGAAUGUUCAUCUUCAUCUUCCAUUGCCUUCUCCAGAAAAAAGUCCGCAAAGAGUACAGCAAGUGCUUCCGCCACACGUACUGCUGCAGAGGGUUGCCGACCGAAAGCUCGCACAAUUCUGCAAAAACUUCCACGACGAGGACCAGUGCUCGCUACUCCUCUGGUACACAGAGUCGUAUCAGGAGAAUGUGGAAUGACACCGUAAGAAAGCAAUCUGAGUCCUCCUUUAUCUCAGGUGACAUCAACAGCACCUCCACCCUUAACCAAGGAAUGACGGGAAAUUAUCUACUAACAAAUCCUCUUCUUCGACCACAAGGCACUAACAACCCUUAUAACACCUUACUGGCCGAGACAGUCGUAUGUAACACCCCCACGGCUCCAGUGUUUAACUCGCCAGUGACCUACAGAGAGACAAGGCACUCACUGAACAAUGUGGUGAGGGAUACAAGUGCAAUGGAUACUCUACCGCUAAAUGGUAACUUUAACAAUAGCUACUCGCUCCGCAAUGGGGACUUUGGCGACAGUGUGCAGGUCGUGGACUGCGGCCUCAGUCUGGACGACGCUGCCUUCGAGAAAAUGAUCAUCUCCGAGCUGGUACACAACAACCUGCGUGCCUGUAACAAAAGCCACCAACAGCAACACCACCACCACCACCAACAGCAACAGCAGCAGCACCCCAGUUUACACCAUCAGCCCCACCACCAGCAGCCACAGCAAUACCACCAUCACCACCACACGGAGCGGGCUCCGCCUAAGGUGACGGUGGUGGGCGGCAGCAGCAGCGAAGACGACGCGAUCGUUGCCGAUGCCUCGUCUUUGGUGCACAUGGGCGACACGGCGGGCUUGGAGCUGCACCAUCAGCAGGAGCUGGAGGCUCCGCUCAUCCCCCAGCGGACUCACUCGCUUCUGUACGCGCCCCAGAAGAAGGUGCGGACCGAUGGGGGAGUGGAGAGCUUUGUCAGCCAGCUGACAGCCACCGACCCUGACGACAGCCUGCAGUCCCCAAAUAGAGACUCCUUGUACACUAGUAUGCCUAAUCUGAGGGACUCUCCUUUCCCCGAGAGCAGCCCCGAUGUGGUGGAGGACCUGUCCCCCUCCAACCGGAGCGAGAACGAGGACGUUUACUACAAGAGCAUGCCUAACUUAGGGGCUGGCCACCAGCUCCAAGCCUAUUACCAGAUCAGCCGAGGGAACAGUGAUGGUUACAUUAUUCCUAUCACUAAGGAGGGCUGUAUCCCUGAAGGAGACGUGCGGGAAGGACAGAUGCAGUUAGUGACAAGCCUUUAAAUGUAUUUGAAUCAUCCCCAAACUCCUCUUCCUCCUCCUCCUCCUCCUCUGCAGCCCUGACCUCUUGGAGGACACGCUCCGAGAGACACCAGGGAAGCGUUUAUUUUAUUUUUGAAGAGAGCCUGGAAGCCCGUCACACACGCUAGCCAACUCCAAGCCUCCUCUACCCCUCAUACCCCCCCCCCCUCCCCGAAACAUGCCACUCCUCCUGCCUUUUUUCUUUUUUCUUUUCUUUUUUUUUUUUUCCUGCAGACCAAGGGACUUGGUGCACAGCGAUGGCAGUGCAAAGUUUAAAGAGACUGUACAUAAAAUGCAGAGUCAAAUUUCAAUUUUAAGAGACAAGCCAACUAUGUAUUUAAAUGUGCUGCUGCUGUUGAAUUAUUGAGAAAACAUUAAGGUAUAAAAAUAAAAAAAAUAAAAAAAAAAAAACCAAAAAAAUAAAUAAAAAUUAAAAAUAUUACCGGCUACAUCAGAUCAACAGUUUACCAGUCAGAAGGUUGUACAUACACUCCCCAACAUCCUCGUCGAAGCCUGUUUUGUAUUGUAUACAAAAUGCCACCCUUGGACCAGGAUACGGACUAUGUUUGUUUGUAAGAUGUUCCUAAUCAGACUGUUAUAAUAGGAAUAUAAGGUCCUGGUUGCCCAGAGUUGCUCCCUAUCACCGUGAAGUUUGGAUUGUAUAACCACUAGCAAUCAAGCCCCUGGCCUUAUAUUUUCUCAAUUGUACAUUGAACUGUUGUCAAGGAAAAUGGCUAAAAUAUAUAUUUUGUUGUAUUGCUAGUGUAAAAUAAAAAAUCAUGGGAAACAGUAAAUAUUAAGAAGCAUUUUAAUUGAAAACUUUAACAUUUGAGAGACUAUUGUGUAAAAGUUGCACAUAUGUUAUACGAUGUGUUUAUGGUUCCAACACUUCAUUCAUGGUAGUAUGAACUUAAAGGCUGAUGAUAACGAGGAGGAUCCAACAAAUUUACAAGAUGCAUAUUCACUUUUUCCACUUGUGAACAGUGUUUUUUGCUUAAUGAGUUCCACUGAUACCGCCCAUUGAGAUGUGUUGAUUUGAUUUUGGCCAAAGUGGCAUUACUUUAGUAGAGCGGGCGUACAAAACCCCCAGUUAAAGACAUUUAUGCAUUGCACAGUUUUUUUGUGUAAUCCUGAAUGAACUAGUCAUGGCAGAGUAACGGGCGAGCGUAACCGAAGUGAAACCAACUUUUGACAAUAAAGUUUCUAUUCAUCAUAAAUGUAGUUCUUCCGCCUGGGUUUAGACAUUUUAUUUAUUGAAAUAUUUCCAAAAAAAAAAAAAAAAAAUGAAUGGGAAAAUGUGUGAAUAUUUUCCAGCACUGGUAUACAUGCCGUACUGUAGCUCAUGUUUUUAUGUAAACAUGUUAAGGGGCUCAUCACUAAAGACUGAUGUAAAGUUCAACACUUGUUUAACAAAUAAAAUAAAUGUGAGAUUUUUUGUCAGAUGCCAGUCGCUUUUUUAAUGGUUUGCUUUUUUUUUUUUUUUGGUACUAUUUGAGAAAAUAGGUUGGAUUAUUUUGCUAUGGACAAAAUACACUUUUGACUCAGGUUCUAAGUAAGUUCCAAGCACCUUGGAAGGUAAAUCGGUGAAUCUGUUUUUUAGGGAAUUUCUUUGGUUUCUGUUUUGCUUUUGCUUUUUUA